AAGUGAAGUGCUUCAUUAAGAGUUGGCUAUGGCGGGGGAGAUGAAGAAGGCCUCGGCGUCCCCGUGAUGGAGCACACAGCCCCCCUGCACGGCGCUUCCCUCUGCUUGAUCACGCCAAUGCUGCUGCCGCAUCACUAGGGUGCACACCCGAACCACUAGUCUGCUCAGCUUCUACACGCGGCGCGGUGCGGCACGGCCUGCCUCUGCGAAGAAGCGCGGAGACGGACGGCGAAGAAGUAGACCCAGGGUCGGACGUCCGGCCGCCAUGGAGGGCGCUGGGAGCGCGGGGCGGGACUUUGCGGAGGGUUGCAAACUGCAGAUCAAAACCACGCUCGGCGAUAAUAUCGAAGGCCUUGUCUUGACCUUCGAUAAGACCACCAACAUUGUGGUUAUUCAGGAAGGUGGCAGUGCUGAAGGGCGCCGGAAUUUACGGUUUCUGAAGACGAGCUUCGUUAAGGAUGUAAAACUAAUUGGUCAUGUACAGGAUGCUCUUGAUUUGAAAUUUGCAGAGCCUGAUAUCAAGAGUUUAAGGGACCGCGAGGAAGCUGCUAUUAAGCAGGCUGAGGCAGAGGCUGAAAGGAUUGGUGUGGGAGUUACAGUAGAAGCACAAUUUAUUUUUGAUGCUCUUUCUAAGACGUUACCUUGUACCUGGGAUAGGACUACUAUUGUAGUCAUGAAUGACGUUUGCGUCAAUCAUCCCUACUUACCAGAGAAUGUCAUUGGAGGUGCCUCUGCUGCCAACGAGCGCGUUCGCAAAGUUCUCGAAGAAGUUAGGAAGAGAUUGCAAAGUCGGCCAGGUUCUCAGUGACGUUGGUCCUGUUAGGAAUCCCCUAGCUUGCUGGAAUUUCAGCAACGGAGGAUUGUGAACAGCUUCCAACUAGUGGGAGCACCAGGAUGACCAGCUAUUCUUAUUUUAGCUGAGCAGCCUGUACCAGUGCAAGAACAUUCCUGCAAAGAUUAAUUGUGCCCUCUUUGAGAAUUCGAAUUGCCAGGGCUUCUGCACCGGCCGAAGGCAAUGGCUUUGUUGACCUCGAGCUGAUUGCUCCAUUUGCAUGAAAGUUGUAUUGAGGAUCUAGUGUUUGGGUUUCAAAGUUAUCGUAUAAUUUUGGAUUCCUAAUGGACUUCGGGUUGAGAAAGAUGUAUAUGUAUCGCCCUAUGCUGAUUUGGAGACAUAUGUAAACAAGCAUUUCAAUUGCAUCGAUUGGCAUCAA